ACCGAAUACAAAGCCACUAAUGGGCUGUACAAAUGAGUAAGUGUAGAAUCCGGUUCUGUGAGGUCUUCGUGGCCGACGAGGGCGCGGCCGACGAGGGCACCCGGGUUUCUUGGGCUCAGGACCAUAAUCUGGGUUGGCACCUUUUCGGCCGACGGGGGUCCCUUGGCCGACGAGGGCGCCACCCUGUGCUUUCUGUUCUCCUGAGUAUGUGGGUCCGGGGGCUCAGACCCAUAUACUCCAUCAGGAGUCCCCCACUCUCUAAGCUGAGACGCAGACGAAGUGAAGGAGAGUAGAUUCCCGUGCUUCGGUGCUUUUGGCCGAUGCGGGCAUUCCCAGGCCGUUAGCUGUUGCGGCGUUGGCGUUGUUUCCAUUUUGGCGUUCUUGUUCUGUGCUUGGCCGUCACCUGUUCCUCGCUGUGGACGGGAAGGCCGUUGUUUCCUUGGUGCGGUCGUUUGGGGACGAUGAGUGUCCUGCUCGAUGGUGGCCGUUGAAGGCGCGUUUUCCCUUUCUUGGACGCUGGUGGUUGAGAUUUACAUUUGGGCCGAUGAGGCUAUUGAGGUUGAACCUGCUUCGAGGACGACAGUGUCCUUUCCUUUGGGUGGCCGGUAAGGGUGCUUGCGCACUCCUUUUGGCCGUAGCUUACUGGCUUUCGUGUUCCUGGCCGAAGAGCCCAUCAUGAUUAACUGUUGGCGGAGGACGAUGAGUGUCCUUGCCUUAGGUGGCCAGUUGGCCGUUGCUGAUGACGUUGUAUGCCUUUGGCCGACGAGGCGCCGUUGUGAUACAUGGACGUUGCGGCCAUGCUUUGUGGUUACAUUCGUGUUUGUGUUUUUCCUUUUGUUUUGUUGAGGCCGAUGUAGUCCCCCAGUCCCCCACUGCUUCAGGCCGAAGAGAGUGAGGGGUGAAGGAGUUGCUUGAGUCCCUGGCCGAAGCGGCCUCUCCGUAGUGCCCCUGAAUCCAACCCUCAUGGCGAUUUUCUGGCCAAGGUAACCCUGUGGGAGAACCCUUGUGCGCAGAUCGCUUGUAAAGAGUUAUCAUCAAGGGUCGUUACGAGGAGCCGAUGGUUGUGGGUUCUUUGUUCCUUUGGUUCUGUGGCCGUUGCGGGCGUUCAUUACGUUCCUGGCCGUUGUCAUCUCCCUAUUGUUGGCAUUUGUGAACUUGGCAAGCAAAUAGGUCGUUGUGGGCGCUAGCUGGCAUUUGUGAAGCCGGCAAGCGUAUAGGCCGUAGAGUCUGUGUUGCCAGUGGGCUCUUGAUAUGUAGGCUGGGCUUGGCCCAUUGGUGACGUGGUGGCCUCCCAUUGGUGGCCGUUGAUGUGGCCAUUGGGAUGGUGCCACGUGUAGUGACCGUUGGGUGGGGGGUUCUAUAAAUACCCCUCCCCCUCCGACGAGAAGCCUUAUUUGCAUUCUGAGUUGUCGAAGUGCUGGCCAAAUUUCUAGAGAGAUAAACUCCCAAGCUCGUUCUUCGUGUUCUUCGUGUUCAAGUAGUUGUUAUGAUGAAGAGCUUGAACGAAGACUACUAUCCGUACGACGACCAGCCCUCCACUAGGUCACUCGACUAUGAGGUGCUUGAGGAGUUCGAGGAGGAGAUACAACACUUGAGGCCUUACAAGUCCGGAGAGCCGGUGGACGACGAAGUUGAGGACAAGGAGUCCGCCUCGUCUUCAAAAGGUGAGGACGCAGGUGCGUCCCGAGUGGUGGACGGGGCGUCCACUUCCGCUGUUAUUCCAUGCCCGAGACCGGUGUCUGCCGUGAAGGGAGCAGAUAAGCCGAAGAGAAUAAGGAGGCUGAAGAGUGGGUCGGGCGUCUCCUACCUGGAUCUCACAAACAUCUUCCUGAUCAAGUCGGAGAGCAACGCGGCCGACUACUUGGUUGCCUAGAUGUACGUGGGGCCGUUCGGGCGGGUUAGGGCACCCAGGUCGACGGACCAUGUUCUUCAUCCGCCACCGGGAUACUUUGGAGUAUACCUGAUGAGUUUCGCCAAGGGACUGAGGUUUCCCCUUCACCCCUUCAUCACCGAAUACCUUGACAUGGUGGGGCUCCCUCCGGCCUUGCUGACGCCGAACAGCUACUCUUUGAUGGUGGGGUUUUUGCUCCGCUGUGAGGAGCUGGGCUACAGGCCGACGACGGCUCUGUUCAUGAAUCUGUAUCAGAUAGGCCGAGGAAGCCACAAAAAUUGUGCGGCCUAUGCUACUCUCCAACAGCUGCUGAAGAAGAGGAGCUUCACGGACUUGCCUUCGUCCAUUCAUGGGUGGAAGAGCAAGUUCGUUUUUGUAUCCCUUGGUGAGAAUGGCACCGAGUUUCCCUCUCUCGGCCAUACCGGGAGGUUCAAUCUGCACGACCCGCCGAAGAGUUCUAUCUUGGACGCUCAGGUGGAGGCGUUCUUGGAAGGGGGGCCGAGGAGCGUGAAGGAUUAUAUCACCGAAUACAAGAUGACCGCCCUCGGCUUCUUAAGAUAUCAUGUAUAUGGCGACAAGGAGGACGAUAUCCAACUUUGGCCGAGGAUGACCACUACCUUCGAAGAGGCCGACGGCCCGGAUUUGGGCAUUCCUGCUGAGGCCGAUGGUAAUUAUUUCUUCGGCUUUCUUCCUUUGUAAUUUGUUCUUUUGCCUUGCUAAUCUGUUCAUUUUCCUUUGUGUGGAUUUUGUCAUGGAUCGCCGUUCCAUCAUGGCUAUAGCCAAGGCCAAGGCGGCCGAGGAGUUGGCUGCAAAGGCGGCCGAGGCGGCCAGACGUGCCGCGGCUGAGGGGGGCGGGGCUACUGCUGAUGCGGCCCCGAAGCCUGCCCAGUCCAAGAAGAAGAGGCCUCCUACUGACGGCCAGAAGAAAUUGACUGAGGCCGGCCUGAACGUCACCAAGAAGACGAAGAGGGCACCGUCUCCUUCCCAUGCUACUGAGGCCGGCACUCUGACCGUCCCAAGUGUGGACGAUAGUGGUCCCGUUGUGGAUCUCACUGCUGCUCCAAGCGAUGCUGCCCAAUCGCUCCCUCUCGUCCAGGAGCCACGGACGAAGAGGGUCGGCAAGGAGAUUGCCGCUGCCACCUACCAGAAGAUGGUGG